CCAUCUUGGAAUUUGAAUGUUGUGAAUUCGAAAAUUGGUUGUGCAGAAAAACUCACCUAAAAACAGUCCUGUAGUUCAUAGACGGUUUCGGAGGCCACCUUUGGUUCGAGGAGGCUUUGCAUUUUCGACUCAAGGAGAACCCAAUUUGAACCAUGAGUACCUACCAGAUGAACUCAGGAGGGGGAGGCAGUAACACCAGAAUGAUGAAUCAGGGAAGUGGAAACUACAUGGACCUACCGGACAUGCGUGAAAAUAAACAACAAGAGACCAUGAUGUGGUCACAGAACACGUACAUGCAGGAUUCUGGAAUCCAUUCUGGUGCCACUACACAAGCCCCAUCCAUCAGUAGUAAGGGGGGGAUGAAGGACGAGAUGGAGGAGCCAACCGCCACUCAGGACAAUAUGGACACUUCAAGGAUGAUGUUUGACUGGGACCAGACCUAUAAUCCUGGCUAUACACAGGAGCAGGUGGACGAGGUUAGUCGACAGCUGAACCAGACACGUACCCAGCGUGUAAGGGAUGCCAUGUUCCCAGAAACUCUUGAUGAGGGCAUGCAGAUUCCAUCUACCCAGCUCCACCCUGACGAGCCAACUGCUGUCCAGAGACUGGCAGAACCAUCACAGAUGCUGAAACAUGCCGUCAUUAACCUCAUCAACUACCAGGAUGAUGCAGAUCUUGCUACAAGGGCAAUUCCAGAACUGACCAAGCUUUUGAACGAUGAAGACCAGGUUGUGGUCAGUCAGGCUGCCAUGAUGGUCCAUCAGUUGUCCAAGAAAGAGGCUAGUCGUCAUGCUAUCAUGAAUUCCCCACAAAUGGUAGCAGCUCUUGUUCGUGCCAUGAGCAACACCAACGAUAUGGAGACAACGCGAUGUGCAGCUGGCACCCUGCACAAUCUCUCUCACCAUCGACAGGGACUUCUGGCCAUAUUUAAGUCUGGCGGAAUACCUGCACUUGUCAAGUUAUUGAGUUCACCGAUUGAAUCUGUCCUAUUUUAUGCCAUUACGACACUGCACAACCUUCUCUUGCAUCAAGAUGGAUCCAAGAUGGCCGUUCGACUUGCAGGAGGUUUACAAAAAAUGGUAGCAUUGCUUCAGAGGAAUAAUGUGAAAUUCCUUGCCAUCACCACAGACUGUCUACAAAUUCUGGCCUAUGGCAACCAGGAAAGCAAGCUGAUAAUCUUGGCAAGCGGAGGUCCUGGAGAGCUGGUACGAAUCAUGCGCUCAUACACAUACGAAAAACUGCUAUGGACCACGUCUCGUGUUCUCAAGGUUUUAUCAGUCUGCUCUAGUAACAAACCGGCUGUUGUUGAAGCUGGAGGUAUGCAGGCGUUAGCCAUGAACCUUGGACACCAAAGUCAGCGUCUUGUACAGAACUGUCUUUGGACAAUCAGAAAUCUGUCUGAUGCUGCUACCAAAUGUGAUAACUUGGAAGGACUACUACAGAUGUUGGUACAACUCUUGUCAUCCAAUGAUCUCAAUGUGGUGACCUGUGCUGCAGGUAUUCUGUCUAAUUUGACUUGUAACAACCAGAGGAAUAAGGUGAUAGUCUGCCAGGUUGGAGGUAUUGAGGCUCUAGUACGGACCAUCUUACAGGCUGGUGAUCGGGAGGACAUCACAGAACCAGCAGUAUGCGCCCUACGCCAUUUGACAAGCAGACAUCCAGAAUCUGAGAUGGCCCAAAAUGCAGUGCGUCUUCACUAUGGUCUACCAGUCCUGGUCAAACUUCUCCAUCCUCCAAGCCGCUGGCCUCUGAUUAAAGCAGUUGUAGGCCUCAUAAGGAAUCUGGCCCUCUGCCCAGCCAACCAUGCCCCACUCAGGGAACACGGUGCCCUCCCUCGUAUCGUACAUCUGUUAAUCAGAGCUCACCAAGACACACAGAGGCGAGCCUCGAUCAGUUCAAAUGGACAAGGAUCUGGAUAUGUUGAUGGAGUACGAAUGGAGGAGAUAGUGGAAGGAACUGUUGGAGCUUUACACAUCCUUGCCCGCGAGGCUCACAACCGCGCUGUCAUCAGGGGACUCAACUGUAUCCCACUAUUUGUACAGUUGCUGUACUCACCAAUAGAAAACAUACAGCGUGUGGCUGCAGGAGUCCUGUGUGAGCUGGCAGCUGACAAGGAGGGUGCCGAGCUGAUAGAACAAGAAGGGGCCACAGCACCUCUAACAGAACUGCUGCACUCUAGGAACGAGGGAGUUGCAACAUAUGCUGCUGCAGUGCUUUUCCGUAUGUCUGAGGAUAAGCCCCAGGAUUACAAAAAGAGACUGUCUGUUGAACUGACCAGCUCUUUAUUCAGAGGGGACCAGAACAUUGCAUCCUGGACUGAGCCUCCAGGUUUUGACGAUGUUGGUAUGAUGGGACACGACGAUUCAUACAGAGAUCAAAUGUAUCAGCCUCAGCAUCACGGCAGCCAGGGCAGCAUGCACAGCGGAAGUCAACACGACAUGAGCAGGGGUUAUGAGCCCCAAGUGCCCAUAGACUCCAUGCAGGGACUUGAAAUUGGAAGUCACCAUGGUAGCCAGUAUGGUGGCCCUAUGGACAACAUACCUGAUCUCGGGGCACCACCACAAUCUGGAGAACUGAAUUUCGAAACCCUGGAGCCGUCUCUGCCCCCUCAACAAGGAGGAAGUCAAGGAAACAUGGACAACUGGUAUGAUACAGAUCUGUGAACAUGACACGUCUACCAAACUAGGAAAGACAUUCUCUCAACAUCAUCGGAGUCAGUUUUAUAAACACUUGUGUGCAGCCAAAAACAUGGACAGAUUAAGUGGAUCUAAAGUCCAGGAAUGAUAUUGGAACAAUCCCAUUUCUCAAAUCAGUGUUAUGUUUCAUGAACCUCAUCUUGUGUUUGUGUGUCUAUAAAAAGAACUUCUCCAUGAGAGUUGUGGAAAAUUCUUGGAUAACAAAUAAUAAUUAUAUACCAACACAUCCAUUUGAGUCUGAGGGACAAUACAAAGUCUUCAGUUCUCAAACAUGUCCAUCAUGGAAUUUUUUUUGGUAUGAAACAAUUAUGUCAUGAUUUUAAUUCAUAUAGGCAGUAUGUUUUAUUGAGGACACAAAAGUGGUCUGAUAUUUAACAGAUCAGGUUAUAUUACACAGCAAGAAGGACCUAUUGAAAACCUGUAUUCAGAAUUUCCAAACUGUUGUCAUUUACACCAUAGCCAAGAGGAUCUGUAAUGUACGUGUCGGAGAAAGUCAUGUUUCAUUCACUUGUAUUUAAACAUUUAACAUAACUACUUGGAUAUUGUUGUCAUAAAUUACUCAUCUUUGGUGAUAACCAAAUAAAAAAAAAAACACCCACAUUUUGUACACAUCACUAUUCACUCUCUUAACACUUCAUCAGGUCUCUCAGAAAAACUGUCUCUUGUUUCAUAAAUUCUGAAAAAAACUUUUUUCAAUAUGUUCUUUGUUACAAGAAGGAAAUUCAGUGAAAAUUUAAGUUCUAAUCCAUGAUAACGCAUUAACCUUUAACUGUUAAAAAAAAUUAAGUGUAUGAUAUUCAUUUUGGAUUAAGGUUGUGGAGACAAAAUUAGGGGGAGAAUUUUGUGUUGAGAGACUUGGUGGGUGGGCACCUGCUGGACCAGAGGUUAAAAUAGUAAAUAUUGUUUGUAAAUAUUCAGUCAUUCCAAUUCGCAUCCAUCCAUACUUCAAAAGGAAUAUAUCACAAUAUUUUAAAUUCCAUUCCUAUCAAAAAUAAUACUUGGUGUUUGAAACAAAUCACAUUUUGAAUCUAUUGGUUGUAUUGAAAUCACUCAGAUUAUAGUCAUUUUAGAUUUCUGGUAAUGCAAAAAUAAAGGUCCAAUAAGUCUAAUGCUGUGUUUUAAUACCAGUCACUUUUUAUCUUCAAAGAUUUUAACUUAACUGUUGUGAUGUGAUUUUAAAACUUAUUUUAAUCGCAUGUGCCUACUAAGUCUGAGUCCUACAUAUCAGAUAAUUAUUGAUCAGUAUAGGCGAGUAUUGUAUCCAUCCAGCUAUUGUAUUGCAUCAUUUUGGUAUAAAGUCAUGUUCAUCCAUCAUAUUAUUGUAUAUAUAUUUCUGUAAUUAUUUUCGAAAUGAUUUUUUUUGCCUGUCUUUACAUUUUAGUUAGUUUAUAUUAGAAAUAGACUUUUAUUAUGUUUUUACAAUUUCUUUCUUUCUCGGCUCUUUAUUCUGAUUCGUAGACAAAUGUUACACAGAUGAAAUUAAGGUUGUUAAUGCAAUAUACAAAUACUGUCGUCAGUUCUUUAUGAAAUAGAUUACUUGUAGAUCAAGUCACAUUUAGAAAUAGUGUAUAUGCAUGCUCUAUUUAAUGAAAUAAAGAUGGCAUUUUUGUAAUAA